ACCACGAACAACAUUCUCCUCCCUGGUCUCCAACCCCUCUCUGUCUCUCGUCAGGAUGGCGCCGCAGAAGGUGGUCCUGAAGGUUUCUUCUAUGAGCGACGAGAGAGUGAAGCAGAAAGCAAUGGAAACUGUUGCAGAUAUCUAUGGUAUUGAUUCGAUAGCCGCCGAUCUCAAAGAUCAGAAGAUGACGGUGAUAGGUGAUAUGGACACCGUCACGAUCGCCAAGAGGUUAAGGAAGUUCGGGCGGAUCGAUAUCCUCUCUGUUGGGCCGGCCAAAGAAGAGAAGAAGGAUGACAAGAAAGGGGACAAGAAGUGA